AGUUCACACACUUACCUGCUCCUUAUUGUUAUUAAACACUGAUUUGCAUGCAAAUAAUGUUGGAACUAAGAUGACUUUUCCUGAUUUCGUUAAGAAUUUGUCGUCUCUUAAUGACGGAGAAGACUAUCCUAAAGAACUGUUGAAGGAGCUAUACAAUUCAAUCAAGAGUUCUCCUCUAGAGUGGGCAGUAGAGGACAGUGGUCUUAGAGCUGGAACUCAGCCGACACGACAGAGUUUUAUUGGACACAAUCCUUUCCUAGAGGUACCUGAUCCAACUUAUGCUACAGAAUACAAGAAGGGCUAUGUCUUGAAAAAAUGUUGUUUAGAACCAGGAGGGAAGAAAACUCCACUUGGCAAAAGAGGUUGGAAGAUGUUCUAUGCCACACUACGAGACAUGGUUCUAUUUUUACACAAGGAUGAACACAGUGUUGGAAAAAACCAGCUGUAUAACAGUCUCCACAACGCUGUACACAUUCACCACUGUCUGGCCACCAUGGCUGUCGACUACAGGAAGAAGAGACACGUUUUUCGUCUUCAAUCAGCUGAUCAAGCAGAAUAUCUGUUUCAGACUGCUGACUCAGCUGACUUGGUUGAUUGGGUGAACACCAUCAAUUUUGUUGCUGCUAGUCUUUCUUCACCACCUCUGGCAACAGCUGUUGGGUCUCAGCAGAGAUUCCAACGUCCACUCCUUCCUGUUAGUCACACUAAACUGUCUCCAGUGGAGCAGUUGAAGUAUCAAGAGACUCUAAUAUUGGAGCUAGAAAAAGAGCUGGAUAUUCAUUUAUCUCAGCCUCCAGAACAAGGAGGAAAACCUAGGAUUACUCACGAGUUUUCUGAAAAAGAAGCUUACUUAAGAUUUGAGCUGCAGAGAUAUAAGACGUACGUUGACUUGCUACGGUCCAGAGUAGGUCAAGAGCAAUCAUUUGCUGAAAAUACUCUAGGAGAAGUUGACGAGGUUGCUGAGGUUGAAGGAAGAGAAGCAAACUCGUGUGUAACUAAAGUUCAACCGUCUUCAAGGCCAGGAAGAAAUCGAGUGGGCAACAGAUCGAGCUAUCUUGCUGCCAUCUACAACAAUGAAGUUGAAGACUGUUAUUGAAAAAUGAAUAAAAACCAAAAGCAUUUAAUAAUUUUUAGCUGGUCACAAAAGCUGUUAUUGUGAGAAACUUGGAUUUUAUUUUAUUUAUACAAAAUGCUGUAAACUAAUGUAAAAAUUGUACAGGAAAUGUAGUACUUUUGUGUCUGAAGGAUAUUAUUAUUAUUCUGUAAACUGUGUACAGUUUCUGAUUCCAUUACAUUAUGGUGUAAUCCUGUAUGCAGUACUGACUGUAUUACAUUAUGAUAUAUAUAUGUACAGUACCUGCUUCCAUUACAUUAUGGUUUAAUAGUGCAUUGCAUUACAGUGUGAUAUAAGAACAUGUACAGUACUGUGUUACAGUGUGAUGUAAGAACGUGUACAGUACUGUGUUACAGUGUGAUGUAAGAAGGUGUACAGUACUGUGUUACAGUG